UUUCCCUCAGGGGAUCGGGACGACUUAUAGCGCCGGAUCUCGAAGCCCCCAUAUAUACACACGAGCUCUUUGUUCACAGCAAGCAAUCUUGUAGUUGAAGUAGAACACACAAAUAUAUUUUCAUCGAUCGAUCCACAACCAUGGAUAAGCACACGAUCGGCAUCCUUGCGCUAGCCCUACUGUCUCUGCAUCUCCUGCGCUCCGCCACCAUCGCGCAAUGCCGAACCAUCGCUGACCUGCACGACGAGAAGAUCAACUUUCCGAACGGGCUAUGCGGCAAGAACAAGCAUUGCACCACUGAAUAUUGCUACUGCUGCCUGAUAAACGACCGCUGCUUCCUAACCAUGGACGCGUGCAAGAGACACUGUGACAAUCCACCCUCAUCUUCUCCAGAAGACUUGCUAGCGGUGGAGACGGCGACGACGAACCCUGCUCCUUUACCUGCUGCCUAA